GCUACCUAUGGGGUCUAAGUUCUGCAAGUUGACGAAACUUGCGGAAUUCAACUAGCUGGGGGUGGUUUUACGUGAAAUGUGCUUGCAGAUGUUUAUUUGCUAGUGGACACACACUGUACAGAAGAAGCCACACAUUUCUGAGUACACGAAGGAUUACGCUCUUAACAACCGAGAUGUUAGCUGACAUGCACUUGCUUUUUGGUUCGUAGUUCGCGCGAAUUACAAAGAUUUUGCGAGCCCGUAAAUGUUUACCAAAAUAUUGAGGGCAGAGGGUGUGUAGUAGUGUGUUUUGAUUAUAAUGUUGGAGAAGUGCUCUAGUUUAGCAGGAAGAUUCAUAUAUCGGACGUUUUCAGUAAGAAUUGCGUUAGAUGUAUUGCAGACGUCUGUGUAACGCCGCAUUUCAACCAGUUCUUCAGUACUUUGGCCGCUCCAGAAUAAAACUAAGUCAUCUGCCGUCUGCAACUGCUGCUUUUUAUCAGACAUCACCCCAGAGGAUGUGUGAAAGACUUAAAAUGCCAGGAGACUAUCUUGUGUGGAUGGAUAUGGAGAUGACUGGCUUAGAUCCAAUUAACGAUCACAUUCUAGAAGUCAGCUGUAUUGUAACAAAUGCUGAUCUGAAUGUUGUGCAAGAAGGACCUAAUUUGAUUAUACACCAACCUGACGAGAUACUGGGCAAUAUGAAUGAGUGGUGCAUUAAAAAUCAUGGAAAGACAGGUCUUACUGAGGCUUCUAGGAAGAGCACUAUUACGAUUCAAGAUGCACAAAACUCAUUGUUGAGCUUUUUGAAGGAAAAUGUGCCCCAAGGGAAAUGCCCAGUUGCAGGCAAUACGAUUUAUAUGGAUCGUUUAUUCCUUCAAUAUCAUAUGCCGGAAGUGAAUAACUAUCUACACUACAGAAAUGUGGAUGUUUCAUCACUUAAAGAGCUAUGCAGACGUUGGUAUCCUAACGAAUUCAGGGCAACGCCAAAGAAGCAGCUGAAGCACAGAGCACUGGACGACAUACGAGAAAGCAUUGAAGAGCUGAAAUACUAUAGAGACACUAUUUUUAAAAAAUAAACUUCAUACUACAGAAAUGUUGUAUUAAAAAAAAAAGAGAGAGAAGAAGAAAAAGAAAAGAAAAGAAGAAAAAAACAACUUCAUUCACUUUCACCUUACAAGGAAUUGCUUUAUCUAUAAAUUGGUUCUAUUAAAAGUAAAUAAUCCACGUACAUUUUAUAUUCUUUUAAUUAAAAAGUUGUUAUACAAUGGA